AUGAUCCGAGGCACGUUCCGCCUGGACAAAGGAAGAGAUCAUCGAGGCUCGUUAUUAAGGGAAAUCCGGGAAAGGUUAACGAAAAGCGCGAGCAUUUCCCCGGCGGCUCCUCCCUAUGCAGGCGGGGCCAGUCGGCUGGAAAAACUGCUGUUUUUCUUUUGGAGAAAAUCCACAGCAGGGGGCCCUCUGUUUCCGGUCCACUGGAAGGAAGCACUUUCCAGCGAGGUCAUCCAAUCUCACUCAUCCAAGAGAUAUUAUUAA